CUAUUUGACCACAAUAUGACACUGCUUCGACGCGGAUGUAAUUUUACAUGCCCAAUAAAUUACUUACAAAAGUACUUUUCUCUAUUACCUCAACUCUACUGGGUUAGGCCCAACCAGGCAGAAAAGGGGAUAGAAAUAGUGGGGCUAGCUCUAUUGAUUGACGUACAUUCCAACCAAUUUACGACGGAAGGAGAGUGCGCGCGAGCAGGUCUCUGUCCAAUCGGAACGCAGCGGCAGCGGAAGGGGCGGGGUUUGUGGAAACUGCCGGCGGCAGGGCUGGCGGACUUGAGAAGGAGCGAAGAUGGCGGAGUGAGGGGCGCCCGGGGAGCAGGCCUUCGGGCCCGGGAGCGGGCCGGCCCCUGGCGGUCGAGUGCGUCUGGUGGACUCGGGGGGAAAAGAAAGACAAUGGGACAGACGAAAGAAAUCGGACAUCAUUCCUCUCUACCUUACGAACAGAACGGGGUGGUAAUCUACACUAAAGCAAAGGUCUUAAGUUCCUCGUCACAAGAAGAACAUUUUCCUCAACCUUUAGGUGCUUUAUAUUUUCUUCAUCAGAAAGAGAACAGAAUUCUGAACUCAGGACUUGGCAAGCAUUUCUGUGUUGUCUCCUGGAGCAGCUGGCCCUGCUUCUUUUAUCCUGCCACUUUCCUUGUUCUUGAAAUGUGGAUAUCUCUUCUCUACAGUUUUCCUCCAGGAUUUGGAAUGGAAAAGGCCGCUUUUCUUUUUUUUUCAACUCUCAAACUCAACACAGAGAAGCCUCUAGGAUGCGGUCAUCCUGCCAACUUCUCCGAAGAAAGAGUCAUCUGACAUGGGUCUUCUGCUGCUGUUUGCUUAAUUGUAAAGAAAUUAUUUUGAAAACUGAAGACUUACGUUUACUUUGAAACACAUGAUUUGAUGGUGGUAUUUAUGAAUUCUUUACCUUUUGUUUUAUAUAAGAAGACUAAAUACAUAGGAAGCCUGGAUGACUUCAGGGUUGUUUUUUUUUUUUUUUCAUCCAGUUUCAGCCAGUAUCAUGAAAAGCACAGUUGAGACUGCAGCAGUAAAUUCCAAAUAUAUGUUCCAAUUUGAAAUGAAAGAGAUGAUAAAAAAAUUACAUAUAAAUCCUGGCUUAACUCAUGACAUAUAUUUCCUGAGUAAACAAAGGUCCAAUUUUGCAGAUUAAACCUUGAUGUGAUAAAGAAGCAUAAUGACAAGAUACCUUGGGGUUAAUUUUCAUAUGUGAAUAAACCAUCACAGUUUCUGUAGAAAUACACAUUUUUGCAUGUGUAAAUCCACAUUUUUGAAUGAGAAGAGAAGAGCUGUUUUUCUUCUGGAGAACGAAGUGUUCACUUUUUUCCUCAGAAGUCCUUGAACAUUGAUCUUUUAAAAUUUUUUUCAUUAAUCUAAGGAAGGACCAUAUUGUGCAGAAGCUAGCCCUCUGAACACAUGCUUGGGUUUAAUGAAAGAGUGGUAAAAGAGAACAAAACAGUCUCGUGUCCAGUGAUGGAAACCUUUUUAAUUCCCUAGGAAGUGAGGCUGCUGUGUUACAAGUUACUUCAUCCUUUGUGGCAUUUUAUAAUAGCACUUGAGACUUGGUUGGAAGAAGACUGGCAUGAGUGGUUUUCCAGUUCAGAAGAUGUUGAUGGACCCUAUAGCAUGAUCUGCGUUCAACUGUGGACAUAUUGAGUGGGGGGAAAUGAGAAAAGUUUUCAUAUUAAUUCUUUUCCCCUAAGAAAAAGAAGCAAAGAUGCCUUAUGUAGCUCCAUCUGACUAUGGCGUUUUACAUUCUUUAGCUCCAUUUUUUAUAAAACCAUAAGUAACUUUGUCCCUUCCAUCCGAGACGAGUCCUGGGGUGUCUGUUUAUUUUUCUAGGUGAUUGCUGUAAUGUUAGGCUGAAAAGGCUAGGACUCAGGUAACUCUCCAGUUGGAACUUAAGCUUCUCCUGAGAGAAUGGGCCUUGAAGCAGUGUUCCCAAAUUUGUGGUUGUGUUGGUGUAGAUUUAGGAAAAAUUCAGGGUCUGAAAAAAAACCUCAAGAAAGAGAAUUUCAACAAGAAAUAUGAAUCUUUUCCUUGACUUAAAAAUUAUACCACAUGAACAGACUAGAAGAAAGCUAUCCUUCCUUCCAAACCAACAGGACCGUUGUGUGAAUUGUUAGGUUCUUACAUACGGAGAAGGGAAAUUUAUUUAUGAUCCUUCGUGAUUAGAGAAAAUUUAAAAUUUCUUUAGAUGAAAUUAAGAACAGAUAGCCUUAGAUUGUUUGUGUUACAGGGAAUGUUUGCCCAGAGACAUGGGUGCCGUGAUGCUAGGAACUUAAACCAGGUUUACCAGAAUUUAAGAUUGAUAGAAAUGGCCCAAAAUGGGAAAUGCUGAACACUGUAAUGUUGAGUCAAAAAGAAAGCUUUUUAGUAAAAUUACUACCUAAUGUAGAUAAAAUAUACUUUGCUUUAAUUGAGGGCAAUUACUGAGUGGUAAAGCAAAAUAGAAAUAACUUUGGUUAAAGGUAACUUAAAUUUUCCUCCAAGUGAUCUCCCAGCCACUUCCUGAUGUUUUCCUUUGGUUUUUUGAAAGUGUCACAAGCAGAAUGGAACCUACAUACGUGGGUCCCACUAGUAUGUUGAGAAUAGAUCAUGAAGAAUUUGUGUCUUCCAGUUAAUUGCAUAUUACCCAUCUUCCUCAUGUCCUGACAGCUUUUUGGGUAAGAUCAUUUGGCGGGAUAGUGUACCUAUAUCAGAGCACCAGUGAAACACAAACCCUGCUUCUCCAGAUUACUUUGUCGGAGCUACGACAGCCACCAUUAAUGCUCCCUUUCAAAUUGUUCUUGCAUCUUCCGUGGUUGUCACCAGAUGGCACUUCACAAAAUGAGUAUACUGCAGUUGUAUUUGCCCAGUGUUUACCUAAUACAUCUACGCUUUUUUCCUGGCUUCUUUCAGUCCCCUUCCUGAUGGCAGGUAGCCCUGGUGGUGCAGUGGUUAAGCGCUCAGCUGCUAACCAAAAGGUCAGCAGUUCGAAUCAAUCCACCAACUGCUCCUUGGAAACCUUAGGGGCAGUUCUCUAUCGUAUAGGGUUAGUGUGAGAAUCAACUGGACAGCAAUGAGGUUUUGGUAUGCUUUGAUGUGCAGCUAUGCCUACUUCCUUUCUUUUGCUCACCCACAUUAGCUGGCAGUUUUGAAAAGUUAAAAACGGGAUACGUGCAAUAGAAAUAUAUAUAUAUAUAUGUAUAUUUUAAUACUUGUGGACAAGAUGUUACAAGUUGUUUAAGAACAACAAAAUCACCAAUGUCUUCCAUUAUGAGAUGUGUAUAGUUUUGUAAGCAUUAGUGCUUGGUAGCAAAUUGUAGUGCUAUGUUAGGGGUUAGUGCAUGAGCCUAAUAGUUAUUAUAAACUUCAGGAUGAAUUAUUGAUAAUAAUAACCAAUAGUGUAAAAAGAGUGGAAAAUCUAGAUCUUUUCUUUUUUCGUAAGUAUCUGAAUUUGUGAUAUUCUCCCUUGGGGAAAGGAAAUUAAGGCCAAAAAGACUCAUUUAUGAAUAGAAAUGUGGGGUCACAAUCUGAAAUGUGUUUGAGGGUAUUUAAACUUUCCAUGAAGCAGAUAGAGACCAACUGCCUUUGUGUCUUAAUGAAACCUCAAAUCAAAAGGUAGACCCGUUUCAUCAUAGUGCUUUGCUGUCUUAGUUUGAGGUGAGAUUGCUCUUACACUGUCUCCAUGUUGUAUUGUCUUUUAGGUUCAUUAUUUUCACACUCCUUUUACAUCAAGAAAUUUUACAUUUUGCAUGUCUUACUAAGAUGCUAUAUUAACUGCUUCAGUGAGUGCUUUUCCAAUUUGCAGACUAUUUACAUUUCCUAUCUGCAGCAUGCUAUGUGUUAUAGAAAAAAUGCUUUCUCAGUAGUUGAGAGUGUCCUUGCUUAUGAAUUUGUCACAAGCUCUUCUUAUUUCCAGAUUUGCUGAAUUGUAUGUUGGGAUUCUAGACCUGGAGAAUUGGAAAUGUAGCUAGAUGGAAUGUACCUAAGUUGCCAGGUAAUAAGUGAGCUCUCUUCCUGGUUUAUCGUAAGCUUCAGACAUCUUUCACUUUUGUCCACUUUACUUGUGGAGAUAAAGUACUUGUUUUAUUUUGAAAGUAUAAAAUAGCUUUCUGUGUAAAAGAAAUUCUUACCUCUAAAAGCUGCCUUGAGAACUUGGACAUGGCAUUUUUCCGAGAUCAUUUUAAAAUUUCAGUAUUAAGAGAUCUUAGGAUUUACUGACACAGGAUUCUACAGUUAGUAUGACAGAAAAUACAAAAUAAUUGUAAUAUGUAUCAAGCAAGCUUGAAGUAGUAGCCCCUUCAGCAGCAGAUCUCCAGGGACCAGGUUUAGAUUCUUAUAGUGUACUUAAGGUAGUUGACCUCUGGGCUCAAGUAGUUCAGUGCCUGGGGGAAUCCAUUUCUGAAAAGCAUUUUGAAAAAUGUUUAAGUACCUCAGAAAAGGUAAUGAAUGCAAAAUAGCACAUUAUAUAGGAAAGGAUAUUUCCUGUUGCAAAAAAAAAAAAAAAAGAGCCAUAAAA